CGGGCCCCGGUAUAAAGCGGCAGCCGCCGCCCGGCCCGUUCCGGCCCCAUGGAGACACAGCGGGGGUCCGUCGGCGGUAGCCCGCUCCGGGGCGUGAGCCGAGGCCGGGAGUCCCCCGCGGGGAGCCAUGAGCGCGGGCAGCGUUUUCGCCGUGCCGGGUUGGCCUGAGGUGUUCCCGGCCACCAGGCCGUCCCGGCUCGGAGAGAGGAUGAGCGGCAGAGCCCCGUGCGAGAGCCGCUGUCCCGGCGGCCACUCCGGUCCGGACCCGCCCGCGGGAUCGGGGAGCCCCGGGCAGGAUCCCUGCGAUAGCGCCGAGAUGCAGCUGAAGGUGGAUUUCUUCCGCAAGCUGGGCUACUCCUCCGAGGAGAUCCACGUCGUGCUGCAGAAGCUGGGCCUGAACGCCGACACCAACACGGUGCUGGGGGAACUGGUGAAGCACGGCCCGGCCGAGCGGGAGAACACCGAGAACCCCCCCGAGGCCAAGGAGGCCCCGCUGGUUCCCCGGGGCGGGGCGGCCAACAAAACCCCCGCAUCCUCACCGGCCCCGGAGGAGACGGAGAGCGAGAACCUGAAGCCCAUCGUUAUCGAUGGCAGCAACGUGGCCAUGAGCCAUGGGAAUAAAGAAGUGUUCUCCUGUCGAGGCAUCCUUCUGGCUGUCCAGUGGUUCUGGGACAGGGGACACAAGGAUAUUACAGUCUUUGUGCCAUCUUGGAGAAAGGAGCAGCCCCGGCCAGAUGUGCUUAUAACAGACCAGUACAUUCUUCGUGACCUUGAAAAGAAGAAAAUUCUGGUCUUCACCCCUUCCAGGAGGGUUGGAGGCAAGCGUGUUGUCUGUUACGACGAUCGCUUCAUCGUGAAGCUGGCACACGAGUCUGAUGGCAUCGUGGUUUCCAAUGAUACCUACAGGGACCUGCAGAGUGAACGUCCUGAGUGGAAAAAGUUCAUAGAGGAGAGGCUGCUGAUGUAUUCCUUUGUUAAUGACAAGUUUAUGCCUCCAGAUGAUCCCUUAGGACGACAUGGUCCCAGCCUGGAUAACUUUCUCAGAAAGAAACCUGUGGUGCCAGAACACAAGAAGCAACAGUGCCCUUAUGGGAAGAAAUGCACUUAUGGAAUUAAGUGUAAAUUCUACCACCCUGAAAGGAUCAACCAGCCCCAGCGCUCACUAGCGGAUGAACUCCGAGCCAAUGCAAGGUUGUCUCCCACCAGAAGUACCAGUGCUAUGGAGGAGAAAAAGAGCAAAAGAGGUUCCCAGGCAGAGCUCUUAUGCUCUGUGCCCUCAGAGAGUGAUAAAAGCUCUUUGCAGAAGGUCUCUGCAGAGAGGAAAAGCUCUCACAAAGCAAAGCCCAGUGAUGCUCCACUGCAGGCCAAAGGCUGUGUGCCAGGCAGUGUUCCUCCUAGCAGUGGGAGCCACAGGUCCUCUGACAGAUACCAACAGCCUCACAUGGACUCUCUGUCGUAUCUCUCUCAGGAGCAUCUUGACUCAGGCAUUGGGUCUCUGGAGAACCAGCUGUCUGACAUGUGGCCUUACAGAUCCCCCAGUCACUGUGACCAUUCCCAUGCUGAUCCAGUGGCAGUCUGCACCUGUGGCAGGCAGAGACCUCUCUACUCACAUUCUCCCAGCUUAGACCAAAAUGGUCUGGUCUCCUACAAGCAUGGGUCCCAUAAAUCAUCUUCCUCUGGUGCUAGCUUCUUGCAGUAUAGCCCUGAGAUGUCCCACUCAGGACCACCUCCCUCUUUCUCAGGCUAUGGGGUACCUGUACACCCAGGCAGUGCUGGGCAGUACAGCCUGCCCAGUGAGUACAACACCCCUCCACACCCUUCUCCUGAAUUCUGGUCUGAGCCCUACCCCAUGCCCCCUCCUCAGGUCAGACCCCCCAGCAGUGUGCAGAGGCCCCCAGUGUUUGGGGACUCCUCCCCAUGGGCUGUGUCUGAGCAGUUUGCAGAGGAGAGGGCCAGUGUGCAUGUCAAGCUGUGUGGGAUAUUCCAUCCCCAUUUGGUUGAUGCUGUGAUGAGCCGUUUCCCACGGCUCCUGGAUCCCCAGAGGCUUGCAGCAGAGAUCCUGACCUACAAGUCCCAAAACCCAGGAGUGUGAUACUGUGCCAGGCAUCUGAGAAGUUCCUGGGCAGCAUUUGCACUCUAAAGCUUCCAUAGAUGCCUUCUCCUCCUUAUUCCUUGGAAGUCACAGGCUCCAGCUGGAGGCUGGGUACCAGAUGUGGUGUGUUUGCAGCAAAUUCUGGCCUAGAAAUGCCUCUGCCUCUCUUGCAGAGGCAGCUGCAGGGUUCUGCCUGCCCAGAGGCUCUGGGUGCUGAACAGGAGAGGCUGCAGCUUCAGAGCAGGAUUUUUCCUUUGGGGUUGGUUGAGUCCCUGAAUUCCUGCAGUUGUACAGAACUGAAUGUUGUCUUACUCCUCCCCUCAGCUUCAGUCAGUGGGAUGGCUUAGUGUAUUAUCAGGUGUGGACUUGGGGGGGCUUGAGAAAAAGAAGGGGAUCCCAGCAUUAGAGUGGCAUGAGGCUUCUUUGUGAAGAUGGAAAUGCAUUGUCAGUGCUGCUGGCUCUUAACUAAACCUCUUGGCUAAAAUCUGCCCUACAGAUACAUGGAAAAUGUUGGAUUAUAAAUCUGGUAUGAAGCUAGGUUUAGCUGACUUUAAUUUAGUUCAUUGGUGCACUUCUUUAAUGAUGCUUUCCAUACCCUUCCCACCUUCCUGAGACAAGGCAGUUCUGGAACAAGUCCCACAAGUGCUUAGCAAGCUGCUCAGCUCCUGUCCAUGAGGAGCUCAGAGUGCAGUUUUUUUUCUCAGGAUGCGAGGCAUGACACUGUUCCAGAGCUCCACAUGAGCUGUGUGAUUGGCAUUUGUUGAAAAAUGCUGUUGUCAGAACACAUGGAUGGCCACACUUGAUGCUGCUCAAAAACAUUGGAGCUUGGCUGGUAACCUAUCCCUCUGACCAGGAGGAUUUGGGAUCUUGUGCCUUUUGUCUUCAAACAGCAAUAGUUCUGAGCAUUCAGUAAAACAGCUGUGGUCAUGCAUGGCCUUCUGCCAGGGCUGUUCCUGAGGAUUCCUUAAUAUUCUCUGUAAAGCUGUUGCUUCAUCUUCCUUACUAAUAUUUUCCUGUCCCCUUCAGCUUUUUCCAACUGUAGCAGCAUCCAAAAAAUGUAGACAAAACCUUGGCGAGACUGUUCCCCUUUCAUUCCCUCUUACUAAGAUGGUUUUUUUACUGUAGAUACUAUAACAGAUUUUAAAUAUGCAAAACCAUUUGCUGUAGUAAUUGGUUCUGGUCCUGGAAUUUCACUGUGCUGAGAAUGCAAAGAUGUUUCUUGCACUUGCAGGCCAGAAGCAGUUGAUUUGUUGAUACACAUUGUAUCUGUGCCUUUUGUUAUGUUUUUUAAAUAUGUCCAUCUUGUGGUUAGACCAAGGUCAUUGAGGGGCAAAUUAUGGAGGGAAGAGUGGGAUGGAGCUGUUCCUGAGAACCCUCUUCAGGAGUAGCUUUGUCCAUUACUUAUCUUCCCUCUGACUGCCCAAACAUGACCAACCUGACUGGCACCAUGUGCCAUAAAACCACAGGGACACAGAAACCUGUAUACCUGUUUAAUGAUGAUACAUUACAAGUCAGUAAUGUUUCAUGUUAGUAAGCAAAAUGCUUCUUAAUUUUAAGUAACCUGAUACUUUGCAUAUUUGUAAAUGACAGGAAAAAUGGUUUUUAAUGUUAUUGUCCAGCAACUUGCUGCUUGCUGCUGUUUUCCAUUAGUCCUAUUCUCAACUCAGCCAUUCGGGCUUCUUGGCAUGGUGUGUUUUGUCCUUCUGGUGGAAUGCUGAUCAGUGCUGCUUCUCUUGCAAUCAGAAGAUGAAGAUGUUGUACUCACAAGCUGACAUUUUGCUGAACUCCCUGUAUCAUUAUGCAGUGUAUAGUUGAUGUGCUGAAAGGAGGCAGCCGGGUGAAAGCCGUGGCGACGUAAGAACUCGAGUUAUCCAAAUAAAAACUGCUGAGUUGAA